AUGUUACACGCUGGAGACGAGCAGGGAAAAUGGUUCACCAGUACUACAGCUGUCUCCCAGAGGAGAAGGUUCCUUAUGUCAACAGUCCCGGGGAGAAGCUGCGAAUCAAGCAGCUAUUACACCAGCUGCCGCCGCAUGACAAUGAGGUCCGAUACUGCAACUCCCUGGAUGAGGAGGAGAAGCGGGAGCUGAAGCUCUUCAGCAACCAGAGGAAGCGCGAGAACUUGGGCCGAGGGAAUGUCAGGCCCUUCCCAGUCACCAUGACUGGAGCCAUUUGCGAACAGUGCGGAGGCCAGAUUAACGGCGGGGACAUCGCCGUGUUCGCGUCGCGCGCCGGCCACGGCGUUUGCUGGCACCCGCCCUGCUUCAUAUGCACCGUCUGCAACGAGCUCCUGGUGGACUUGAUCUACUUCUACCAGGACGGCAAGAUCUACUGCGGCCGGCACCACGCCGAGUGCCUGAAGCCGCGCUGUGCCGCCUGUGACGAGAUCAUCUUCGCUGACGAAUGCACCGAAGCCGAGGGGCGGCACUGGCACAUGAAACACUUUUGCUGCUUCGAGUGUGAGACGGUGCUGGGCGGCCAGCGCUACAUCAUGAAGGAGGGAAGGCCCUACUGUUGCCACUGCUUUGAGUCCUUGUAUGCGGAAUACUGCGACACCUGUGCCCAACACAUAGGGAUCGACCAGGGCCAGAUGACCUACGACGGCCAGCACUGGCACGCCACCGAGACCUGCUUCUGCUGCGCUCACUGCAAGAAGUCCCUCCUCGGGCGGCCCUUCCUCCCCAAGCAGGGCCAGAUAUUCUGCUCCCGGGCCUGCAGCGCCGGGGAGGACCCCAAUGGCUCGGACUCGUCCGAUUCAGCCUUCCAGAAUGCCAGGGCCAAGGAGUCCCGGCGCAGCGCCAAAAUCGGCAAGAACAAGGGCAAGACGGAGGAGCCCGUGCUGAGCCCGCACGGCCAGCUGCAGGUGAGCUCCAACCGGCUGUCCGCCGACGUGGACCCCCUGUCGCUGCAGAUGGACCUGCUCAGCCUGGCCAGCCAGACGCCCAGCCUCAACCGGGACCCCAUCUGGAGGAGCCGGGACGAGCCCUUCCAUUACGGGAACAAGCUGGAGCAGGGCCAGCCGCAGAGCCCCCUGCAGCUGCUCAGCCAGUGCAACAUCAGAACUUCCUACAGCCCCGGGGUGCAGGGGGCGGGCGCCGCGCCCGACAUGUGGGCCCCGCACUUCAGCAACCCCAAGAGGAGCUCGUCCCUGGCCCUGAAGGGGCACGGCGGCAGCUUCAUCCAGGAGUGCCGAGAGGACUACUACCCGGGAAGGCUGCGGUCCCAGGAGAGCUACAGCGACAUGUCCAGUCAGAGCUUCGGCGAGGCCCGAGGCAGCAUCCAGGUCCCCAAAUACGAGGAGGAGGAGGAGGAGGAAGGGGGCAUGUCCACUCAGCAGUGCCAGACCCGCCGUCCACUCAGUUCCCUGAAAUACACCGAGGACAUGACGCCCACGGAGCAGACCCCUCGGGGCUCCAUGGAGUCGCUGGCCCUGUCUAACACCACAGGCCUCUCCGCGGACGGCGGCGCCAAGCGCCAGGAGCACCUGUCGCGGUUCUCCAUGCCCGACCUCAGCAAGGACUCGGGCAUGAACGUGUCGGAGAAGCUGAGCACCCUGGGCACCCUCAACUCGUCCGUGCAGUUCCGCAGCGCCGAGUCGGUGCGCAGCCUGCUGUCGGCGCAGCAGUACCAGGACAUGGAGGGCGCGCUCCGCGCCCGCGAGGACUACGACCAGUUCCUGCGCCAGCGCAGCUUCCAGGAGAGCCUGGGCCCGGGCUCCCGCCGGGACCUGUACGGCCAGUGCCCCCGGACGGUGUCGGACCUGGCCUUGCAGAACGCCUUUGGGGAGCGCUGGGGACCCUACUUCGCCGAGUACGACUGGUGCUCCACCUGCUCCUCCUCCUCCGAGUCUGACAAUGAGGGCUACUUCCUGGGGGAGCCCAUCCCCCAGCCCGCCCGCCUGCGCUACGUCACGAGCGACGAGCUUCUGCACAAGUACAGCUCCUACGGCCUCCCCAAGUCGUCCUCGCUGGGCGGCCGGGGGCAGCUGCACAGCAGGAAAAGACAGAAGAGCAAGAACUGUAUCAUCUCUUAACCCGGUCGGGGUCACGGGGUCGGGGAAGAUGGGAGCUGAGAAUGUAAAUUCAGAAACUUGCACUGUUUUUUCUUUGAAAGCGCUUUUGGGGGUGGUUCCUGGGGGAGGAGAUGGGCGGGGAGUGCUCUCGGUGGAGGAAGGCGAGGUUCCAGGUUGGCCCGGCUGGUAGCCCCAGUUCUCGGCAUGUUGACUAUGAUUUGCACAUUUCACUUUGGAAACGCUCUAGACGGCGUGGCGGCCGGGGUUGGGCACCUCGGUGUGUGCAGUUGCCACUCAUCAGAUGGCAAAUUGCUUCCUUGCUCGCUUGUAUCCUCUCUGGUUCUCUUCCUUUUAGGACCCCUUUUCCAGUAAGUAAUUUGUUUAUUAGCCAGGACCCAAGACUAAGUUAUUUACAUGUCCAUUGUAAAUGCAAUGUAAAUGAGAGUUCUGAUAAAAUAUUUUUGUAUUUUGUAAUAUCAAAGGAAUUUCUAUAUGGUAGGACUCAGCGCAACCCGCAUGCCAUCCGCAUCGUCUUUGUGUAGUAUUCCGAGUGGCCAGGACCACCCCCUUUUUCUUUUUUCUAUACAAAUUUGUUACAUGUCAGUGAGACUUUUUUCAAAGGCGUUUAUUCAAUUUGGCUUUUUGUGGCGAAAAAAUAACAAUGAUUCUAUCCGAAGCAUUUUACGCUCUAGUCCAUCUUAAGGAGCCAUCCUUAAGUCCACUCCCUCCCUCAGUAGGAUGUAUUCUCUACGAAGUGGUAGUCGUUUAUUUAAUAGCAAACAUAACCUUUGCCCAUCGGAGAAACCAAUCCGUGUCAGUCAAGUUCCGCGAGGAACGCCAUCCCUGCCGGGAAGCUUGAAGCUGCUCACGAUUGAUCUCUUUCUUGGGGAAAACACAGUGACUGUGAGUGGUGCCGUUGUGUGACGUCAGCAUGAUGUUGUUUUGAAUGUGGCAUUAUUUUCCGGUGCUCAUGUUUCCUGGAUUGUAUUACCCGCUUUCCUUUGCCAAGGCAGAUGGAACAGCUGCCUUAACCUGACAACCGGUUGUCCUCGGUGCAAAUGAACUUGGGCCUUAGAACUUAGGGGCAGACGGGUUCCGACGGGGCUCUGGGGGAGGCGGUGUGUCCUAGGUUGUACGUCAUGCAUGGAGAAGGAAUGAGGUGAUUUGAAAACAGAAAGCGGGGCAAGGGUGGUAGAACUGACGGAGAAUAGGAAGGAAGGCCAAGGCGAAGAAGAACUUCUGGAAAUGAAGUAGAGGAGCAGUGACGGCCAGCUUGACGAGCCCCUAGUGCUUGAGGAGGUAAUUCCGUUUAACACCCUCCCUAUCCAGAGUCUCUGGGUCACCCAGGAAGGUUGAGCUGCUCAGGAGGUGUCAGUGUAAAGGCCUUGAAAAGCAGAUGUUGUUGAAAGGGGGAUCUCCAUUGUGAACUUAGGGGACCCUUGGUCAGACUGAAAACGGGCUCAGAAGUGAAUUUGCUUCAAGAAGACAUUUAACGGUUGUAUUGUUUAUAGUAAAAUAAAACUCCCUACCUUGCUUCAGUUAAAAAUGAAGCGCUUGCUUUCCCCCCCCCCAUUCUCCUCCUCCCCUUAAUGGAUUGUGGCGGUUGAACUAACCCGUCGCAGGACCCACUUUAGUGAGACGUUCUGUCCAUGUGCUACACGGUAUAUCUCAGUGGCUCUCUGCCAUGGUGAGGUGAGCGUGGUCUCUUUUCAAUACAGUAGUUAAUAUUUUCUAGUAUUUUUCAUGGAGAGGAUGUGAAACGCGGCUUUUCAGACCCCAUGCCACAUGGGCCUGGGGAGAGGAAGGCUGUACGGGAUGUCGAAAUGGCGCUCCAUUCAGGAGGUAUUAAAAUAAUUUGCUUUUCAGGUAUUAAUAUGACAUUUGUCAUUGUCACUGAUUUUUUUAAAAAGCAAUACAAGUGUUGGUUGUGGCUGUUUUCCGCAUGCUAUCUUCAUAUCUAAAUGCUUCCUUCAGUAUCCGAGCCUCGGAGAAUUACUCUAUUACGUUUGUAUAGUAAGUCUGUAAACUGCUUGGCAAACUGAUUUUAAGAAAUAAUGUGCAACAUCACAUGACUAAAGUGGCAGGUUCCUGGUAGAAAUUGGGCAAGUCCAAUUGGGAUUUCCGAGCUCCUUGAUUGAUGAGAAUAAAGAGGAGUUUGGGGAAAGGG